AACGUUUCUCGUCUCGUCUCGUCGUAACGUCACAACAUAGUUUUCCACAUUCAGUAGCGGAUUUAAGUAAUAAGAAAUACAUUGCAAAAUCGAAAUGUUGCUAGUUGUUUUAUACAUUAUCAUAUUUCUUUUUGUAAUAUCAAAAAUUACCUGUGGUUGGUGUUACAGCAAAGCUUGUUUAAUAGGAAAAACUGCCAUUAUAACAGGUGGAAAUUCAGGUAUUGGAUAUCAAACAGCCCUUUCAUUAGCAUCAAGAGGAUGCAGAGUUAUAAUAGUAGAUAAAGACGAUUCUUCUGAUGCCAGAUCCACAAUAAUUAAGGAAACAGACAAUCCAAACAUCGUUUCGAAAAUACUAGAUUUGCAAUCACUUAAAUCUGUAAGAGCUUUUGCUCAGAAUAUUAUAGAGACUGAACCCAGACUGGAUAUAUUAAUUAACAACGCUGGAACGGGCACAAGCGGUCUGCAAUAUACAGAGGAUGGACUGCACAAGACAAUGCAAGUGAAUUACUAUAGUCACUUUUUGCUGACUCAUUUACUUCUAGAUUUAUUAAAAAAAUCUGCUCCAAGCCGAAUCAUUUUCACUAGUUCCCUAGCUGCUUUUUUAACCAAACUCAAACUGGAAGAUUUGAAUCCGUCCGAAGAAGGCUCUUUCCUGGCAAACUUUUACGCCAAUUCUAAAUUGUGCGCCAUAAUUGCUGCAAAUGAAUUUGCAGCGAAACUGAGGGGAACCGGCGUGACUGCGAAUUCGCUCCAUCCUGGAGGAGCUCGUUCAAGAAUAUAUAUUAAAUCAUUUGCGGAGGAGAAGUCAUUUCUCGUUUUUUUGGCAGGAUCUCUUGCUCUAAUAUUUGGAAAGAGUUGUGAGGAAGCAGCUCAAACGACAAUCUAUCUGGCUUGUGCAAAGGAGAUCGAAAAUGUUUCAGGACAAUUUUUUAUCGAUUGCAUAAAAUUUGUACAACCUUUACAGACCCAUAGCAAGGAACUUUGCAAGAAAGUAUGGGAUACAUCAAUGAAAUUUACUGGAAUUGAAAAUUCUGGAUCUUAAUUAUUUUUAUUUAUAAUUUUACCAUUUUAAAGGCUAAAUAAAAUGUUAUUUUUGUUA